AUGAUGGCGGCGGUGGUGGAGGCGCUGGGCCGGCUGUGGCGGGUGGAGGCCCCGCUGGGCCGCGGCUCCUCGGCCGCCGUCUUCCAGGCGCGCUGCCUCAACCACCCCCGCGCCCCUCCGGCCGCCAUCAAGGCCUUCCUCCCGCCGGGCGCUGGGCCGCCGGCUCCCGAGGCCUACGGCUUCCGCAAGGAGCGCGCCGCCCUGGAGGAGCUGAGGGGCCACCGCAACAUCGUGACCCUCUAUGGUGUAUUCUCCAACUGCUCCUCUCUCAGAGGUCCCUCAUACUGCCUUUUAUUGGAGCUGCUGGAUGUCAGUGUGUCAGAACUGCUUGUGUAUUCCAGUCAGAAAGGCUGCUCCAUGUGGGUCACCCAACACUGUGCUAGAGACAUUCUGGAAGCUUUGGAGUUCCUUCACUACAAAGGCUAUGUGCAUGCAGACCUGAAGCCACGCAACAUCCUCUGGAGCGCAAAGGAGGAAUGUUUCAAGCUCAUUGACUUUGGACUCAGCUUCAAGGAAGGGAAUCAGGAUGUCAAAUAUAUUCAGACAGAUGGGUAUCGGGCUCCUGAAGCUGAGCUGCAGAACUACCUGUCCAAGACAGGUAUGCAAGGAGGAAUUGAAUGUACAUCUGCUGUAGAUCUCUGGAGUCUUGGAGUAGUAUUACUGGAGAUGUUCUCAGGAAUGAAACUGAAACAUACUGUCCAAUGUCCAGAAUGGAGGGCAAAUAAUUCUGCCAUUAUUGAUCAUGUUUUUGCCAGCAAAAAUAUGGUAAAUUCUGCCAUCCCGGCCUAUCACCUCCGAGACCUCCUUAAAAGCAUGCUUCAUAAUGACCAAGAAAAAAGAGUUUCUGCUGCAAAGGCCUUGUGCAGUCCUUUCUUCAGCAUUCCUUUUGCUCCCCAUACUGAAGAUCUGGUGAUGCUUCCAAGUCCUGUGUUAAGGCUGCUGAAUAUUUUGAAUGAUGCUUCUUUUCAAAGUGAAGAAGAAUUUGAAGAUAUAGUGGAUGAUAUAAAAGAAGAGUGUAGCAAGUAUGGGCAGAUUGUUUCCCUGUUUGUUCCUAAGGAAAAUCCAGGCAAAGGUCAUGUUUUUGUAGAGUAUACAAACGCUGGUGAUUCCAAAGCUGCUCAGCAGGCACUUACUGGGAAGAGAUUCGAUGGCAAGUUUGUUGUGACUACAUUUUAUCCACUGAGUGCCUACAAGCGGGGGUACCUUUACCAGACCGUGUUUUAGUCUCCAGUGGCUGCAGUCAGAAGAAGCGCAUGUAGGCAAAGCAGCCUAAUUUUGCUUGAGUGAGAUGAGAUUCAUCUGUGCCUUGCAGGAAAGCCCCAAGUGUUUUUUAAUUUAUUUAUUUUGCAGCAUACAAAAGUUGCCCCCCUCUUUGCCUUUGGUUUAUUGUGGAAAUCAGAAUAACAUGAAAUAGAUUUCUGAGAUGUAAAGCAAAACAAAAGCUUUAUGUGAAAAAAGAGAGUCUUAACGUGUAUGACAGUGAAUUCUGAGCCACCAUGCACUGAAAAAUUAAGGUGUGGGGGAGGUUAUAGUCAAUAAAACAUCAGUAGAGCUCCUCAUGAUGGCAGAAAAACAGUGGAAUUUGUUUUGCCUGGUACAAAGAAGACCAAGACUACUAAUCCAGGCUGGAUUUCUAUAUUUUCACAUGUAAAGACAUGAAUCGGUAGGGCUAGCUUUGCAACAAAUUUUGACUGAAUCAUUAGCAAUAGUAUUGCUCUCCCAACUGAAAAUUCAACUGUGGGAUUAUUGCCCUAAUAGCACAAUAUCUUGUGCCAUGAUGGACUUAUUCAGAUGCACUUCCCAGAGGCUGGAUAGCAGCCCAUGAUUUUAGUCAUUCCCUUUAAUCUGCGGAGCCCUUUCUCCUGGGAUCAAAGCUAGAAAUUAGUGAAUGCACUUUUCAGCUAUGCGUGGGACCAUAGUAGCACGAAAAAGCUUCAUUCUCAUAUAUUCAGUUAGAGAGAUGCACUAUUUUAAAGAAAAUUUUGCUUUGUGCAGAGUUCUGAUAUUUGGAGUGCAAAUCAAUUUCAGCUUUUGUUCAGAAGAAGAAAAUACUCAUAGAUAAAUUAUACAUAACAGCAGAGCAGGAGUGGGCUUCAUAAUGGAAAGGAAUGGAUCCCUUUUAAUGUAUCUGAUGGUACUCGUUAUGCUGACACCCCCUGAAUUCAUCAUGUCCCUGGCUAAAUUACUUGGUGGUAUCUUUCCCCUUGGUCCUUUGACAAAAGACCUGACUUUGAUUCUCUUUUCCUUUCUUUACGUGGGGAAAGGUAAGAGGAGCAAAAUGCUCUCAGCCACCCCUGAAUUCUGGAAUCAAGGCCCAGCCAGUAUCAGCCUAUGUCCAAGGGGUGACAGGCCAGCUCUGUGCACUGCUUCUGGUUGAGACAGUGAGUAACAUGCAGAAUAUCUUUGGCAAUCAUUGCUGUGAGAAAGGUGAGAUGCAACUAAAUCAGCAAACAAAUUAUUCACUCCAUAGUAGGCAGGUAAACUGGUAACGUCUGUGCAUCAAAUUCUAACCCUCAGGACCAUGGAAGGCACUCCCCUUGCCCCUAACAGUAGAGCCACUUACUGUGACAAGAUCUGCCCUUUUAUGCCCAUUAACCUCUUGGUGUGUUUGUAAGUACCUGUCCUUCUCGGGCCGGCCUUAGCCUGAUUUAGAUUUGACAGACAAACGAACACCCGAAGUAGACUUUCAUUGGUACACAUAAAACUCUCUUAUUAAGGCCCCUUCCACACUGCUCCUGUAUCCCAGAAUCUGAUCUCAGAUUAUCUUCUUAUCCCAGUUUAUCUGGCAGCGGAGACUCAUAACCCUGUUUAAAGCAGAUAAUUUGGGAUCAGAUCUUGGGAUAAAGGGCAGUUUAGAAGGGGCCCCAGUCUUCUUAAAUAUUCCAGCAUGUUUUAUUUUCAGUAACUGUUGAAGUGGCCAAAUUGUCACCCUCCAAAUGUUAUUGGAACUUCAGCUCCAGUACUAGCCAAUAAUAAUAAUAUUAACACUUUAUUUAUAUUUUGCCCUAUCUCCCCAAGGGGAUUCAGGGCAGAUCACAGUACACAUACACGGCAAACAUUCAAUGCUGUUUGGACAGACAGGACAGAACAGAAAAGACAAAAAGGAGGUAUGUUGUCUCAAAGUCCAGUUUUGAUGCCUUUGAGGUUGAGUUCAGAUUCAGUCACGGGGGGUGCUGUUGCUCCAUUCUCUAUGACGAAGAGCCAUCAGGACUUCCUCCUUCCACCUUCCUUUUGCUCAUUGCAUUUCUGGUCUUGUUCUUUAUGGUGUCGUAAAAUACCUCCCCAGCCAAUUAGCAGUACCUAAUUUCUCUAUUUACAGCUCUAAGCCGUUUUUGAACUGCUUAGGUAAACAGUGAGCUGGGCUUGACGGUCGAGUAUUCACCUCGACCAGGCUUCAAACUGGUCACCUUUCGGUCAGUAGAUCUUAUUAUUGCUAGUGAUUUACCAACUGUGCUAAAGCCCAGCCAAGAUAGUCAGUGCUGAAGCAUGAUAGAAGUUGCAGUUCUAUAACCGCUGGAGAACCACAAUUUGUUUGAACUCUGUUUUAGAGGCUUUGUAUAACAAUGGCAAUCUUGCCUUCUCAAAUCAUUGUCAUCCUUGUGAUAAUCCUUAUGAUUUAUUCCUGUCUUUCUCCACAUGGCCUUAGCUCAAGUUGAUCCUUGUCAUCAAGCAUGAUACCCUUUCUACUGUGACAGGCUAUUAUUCAGAUUUAUAAUUAUUCAGAUUUUUCUAAUGUGUGCUUUCUCAAUUGCAUCUGCUUUCACAGGCUGAAUCAAAUCAUUCAGAUACAACAUGUUUUCUCUUGUUGCCGUUCUUGCUAUCUUGAGUUUGCUCUUUGGAUUAAUAAGAACACACUGCUGUGCUAUGGGGGGAAUGUUUCUAGCACAUUUUUAGCAAGAAGCUAAAACUGAAUCUAAGACAUUACAUAGUUUUUAAAGAAGACGUGUUUGUUGCAGCAUAAAAAGACAGAUGGAAGUGGGGGGGGGGAAGAAAUGUGGCAGCAAUCUUUUAGACUAAUUGUGUAAACCUAUUUCUUUGAAUACAGUACAGAGUGAAUUUUGGAGUUCACUUUGCUGCAUCUGAAGAAAUGGGUUUAUAGCCUCAAAAACUCAUAUGAAAUACAAACCAGACAUUCUUAAAGUUACUGCCACUUUUUCUUUCCCUGUCGUCCCCCUUAUCAAAAAAGAAAGAUAUUCAUGUAGUGUGGAAAGGCAAUGGGUCUGUCUGAUAACCAAUAUACAGCUUUGGACUUCCAAACAACAGAUCUAACUUGGAUCCAGUAUUGAUCCCAGUGAGUUUUCCUGAAUCUACCCUAAAGGGGGGGGGGGGGGAAGCACUACCCAUCUUACUUUAUUUGACUCCUUCUAAUCAAUGGAGUUGGGGUGGGUUGAGAAACUGUUCUGUACUCAAAUGCCUUCUGUUCAAACUGUUGUGCAGUAGAUGCCACUCUGCUUGAGAAGGAGGGAAAAAGUGCAAUUUUAAAUAAAGAAAUAGAAAUA